AUGGAGCAAGCAAGAGUUACGGUCAUCAUACUUCUGUGUGUUUUGUUCUGUGAACACCAGAGAGUGUUUGGGACAGAAGUGGACGUGAGAGUUAAAACAGGAGACAACAUCACUCUCUACGGUGACUGUGUCAUUCCUCUUGGAUCACACAUCGUUUGGUUGAGAAACUGCUCACAUGAGCAUCAACCAUCUCUGUUAAUAGAGACUAUAAACCUGUUCCGGGGGAUGUUUCCACGUUUCAGUUUUGUGUUCAACAGCUCCAGUAACUCCUAUGAUCUACAUAUAGUGAAUGUCAGUGUCUCUGAUGAGGGAAAAUAUUACUGUGCAAUAGAUGAAAGAAAAAUACAUGGCGUCAUGGGCUCACUGUACAAGAAUGGAAACAGAAGAACUUGUCUGUCUGUCUUGGAGGCAGUGUCUUUCUCUGACUCCACCACCAGCUCCCCCAUUUCUGAAUCAGACUGUGUUCUCUGCUGGACGCUGCUGUUCAGUGUGUGUCCGGUGUGUGUUCUCCUCUCCUCACACCUGUCCUACUGCCUCUGUCAGAGAAAAACUGCAGGUUCUGAAAUGAGUGCUGAGAUACUCAAAGCUAAUGUUCUUCAGGCAGAUUCUGUGAAGAAACAUCAGUGUGAGAUGAGUAAAACUGGAAAGAUCUGCCUCCACACUGAAGUCUCUUAUAGACUGCUGACAUCUGAACAUCCCUAUGCCAAGAUGUGAUUCUACUUCCUCAUUCAAACACACUCAGCUGUUCCUAGUGGGGCCUUUAUAGCUGCUUACAGCAUGCUUUUUUGUACAUAUUUUUGUAAAUACAUUGCACUAAUCCAAGCAGUUGGUCUAAAAAGUAAAAGUAAACUCAUACUGUUUUAUGUCUAUGUUUUUAUCUGUAGAUCAUAUGAAUAUUUAUCUCAAACAUUUGGGUGUAAGUUGCUUGAGCAGAUUGAUACAGAAAUAUAUUGUAGACGUUGCAUGCAGGUGUUAUAUUACAAAAUGCAACAGUGGCAUUUUGAUGCCACAGGAUGUAAGAAGUGGUUUUCAUGUGUGACUUCAGUCAUAUUUACAGGUCGUCAUGGUAAUAAAGAGAGUCCGGCCUUCUGUUUGUUUUUCUGAGGUAAAAGUCCAAACCACAAAUGUUUCCAGUGGUCUUUGUGACUAUCUUCUUGUCUUGCUCACUUCCUUUUUAGGCUGUUCAUUUUACAGGUUUAUAUUUUUUAAGUUAAAGGUGAUAUUUUUUAUGAAGCUAAACAGAUUUGUUUUCAAUUUAAUUCAUUUUCCAAACGAUCUAUUUCCAAUUUAGUAAAUACUAUGUAAAAUAAAUGUGCACUGCAUUGCAGCAUGUAAAAUCCAUAUUGGUUGAAGUCAUAAGACACUGUAGCUCUGCUUUUAGAGUUUUACAUUUACAUCUAUCUAUCUAUAUUGUCUACAU